GUUUAUUACUCCAAGAGGAUGCCAAAGUGUUGUAUACAAUCGCAAUGAAAUGCAGAUCACUAUUUUUGAUGUACUAUUUGCAUCGUGAGUCCCCUAGCGCAAUUCCACCGUUGAAUUAUGAUGCAGAUUGGUUAGCAUGCACAGCAAAGAGCCUGUAUUCAAAAGACUUCAUUGAUGUCACCAAAUGGUUGCUCAAUCCAAUCCUGGUGGAUAAGCUUGCCAAUUUGAAUGAACUCACUCAACAAUGUGAUGAUGAAGAUUAUGAUCUAAGGUUAGUAAAUUUAGAGAAAUUGGUCAAGCAAGUAGAAACGAUGCUAUCGGCCAACCGAUCGCUGGAAGAUGUAGGUAAAUUGAAGCUCUUGGCCCUGGCGGUAUGUCUGAAACACCAAUCAAUGAUAGAGCAUUUGUGCGAGAACGUGAUCGUAAAUAUCGAUUGGAGGGUUCUCCUAGAUAUUAUGAAAAUUGCACAUAGCACAUAUUGUUAUGAACCGGGAACUAAAUACCAUAAAUCGUGUGCUUUCGAUUGGUCCGAUUUUGUUCCGGUUUAUAAAUAUCUGUUUGAACGAACAACCAAUCUUGGCGAAACAGAUGCCGAGGGUGGAAAUGUAUUACAUCUUGCUGUUCAAUCUGGACUCGGGUGUAUGGCCAAAUUCUUGAUUAAACAGAACAUUUUCAAUGUUACGACCACCAAUGAGCAGAAUGGAUGGAAUAUCUUCCACUAUUAUGCCUCAACCUCCAGCUUUGGUUGUUGCUUCACUGAAAAUGAUGAUCUAUUGACUUGCAUAACUAAACGAGUGCUCGAGAUAACAUCAGAUACGAUUACUACCGCAGAAUUGACAGAAUGUCGCAGGAAUACAAUGAAGGAGCUCUGCUUUAACAGUAAGGAUCAAAGAAAGAGCGUUAUCCAUGUCGCUGUUGAGGCUGGAAACUUGUACCUAGCAAUACACGUCGUUAUGUUUCGUCUCGGAAUUGAUGAAUUAGACAAACACAAAAUAAGGAAUUCAGACGAAUACGAGCGCUUCAGAGAAUGUUAUGAUGAGCUUAGUCAAAUAGCAGAUGAAUUGCCAUUCAAUGAAAAAUAUGAUUUCCUUUUACGCAGAUUAGCCAAACAUAUCGAAGGCUUUUCGCACGAAACCAUUCAACACAUAACGAAACAAGGGAAUGUAGAUGAUCAUGCCUUAGAAGAUGCAUGCCGAAUAGCAAUCAAGUGUAGAUCGGUGUCAACACUUGAGCAUCUGAUCAUUGCGUAUAAGGAUCAGAUGAAUCAAGCAUUGGCUAGAAGCACUAGCAACGAAUUGAUUGCCUGCAUGAUGGAGUGCGUCAGACGAAACAGGAACAACUUGUUCAAAAUGCUCAUCGGCCACUAUUGCAUCUUGCAAGGAAUUCAACCUUCAGUGGAAGUAGAGUUUGAAAAGGAGGAAAAUGACAAAAGAGAUGAAGCCACUAUUGAUAAACACAAAAUACUGUGGCCAGAUGUGUAUAAAUCCAACAAGGAUGUGGCCAUACAUCGGAACUAUCUACAUCUGAUUAUCUUGUUAGUUGCGUAUGGAAGGCUCCCUAUGAUUCAAAAUUUGGUUGAAAUGCUUCAGCUGGAGAUCAACAAAUCAUUGAUUCUAUCCAUUAUGAAAGCGCUGGAAAAACUAUGGGAUGAGAAUUGUAAGGUUGCAACGCCAGUAUAUGAAUACCUAGCACGCAGAUGUGAAGGAAAACCUAACUUGCUGCAUCUUUGCUUUCAUGCUGGGUGUUGGAGUAUGUUUGAAUACCUCAUAAAAAAGAAAAAACAUAACGCGAAUGAAGUUGAUUCGGAGAAUGGAUGGAACGCAGGUCACUAUUGCGUUUCUGAACCGGCAAGUGACGCCAACUCCGAGAAUGCUUUCAAAGUAUUUGAAUUAUUGAUGAAAACGGCGAAUAUGAACUGUUUCGGUGUUUACGAUCGAAAUGGUCGAAGUAUUCUCCAUUUGGCACUGGAAAAUGGUCACACUCGUGUUGUUAAAUUAAUCGUUAAUCACAGACUGGGCAUCAAAGGUGAUAACGAACCAUGGAUGGAAGGGGAUUUGAAGAAAAUAGAAAAACACUGCAGCGAGUUGAAACAAAUUCUAGAAUCGCUUCCGGAAAACGUACCACAGCAAAAUCGACAAGUUGUACAUGAUAUCUUGGAGACUUUCAUUUCUAACUCAAUGGUCAACGGGGCAUCCGCAAUCUUCCGACGAAUAUUCGAUCCGAGCUACAUACAAGAUAAUCAGCUCGACGAAAUAAAAUAUAUUGAAGGCAUUAUUGGAGAAGAUUCGGUUUGGAUGCUGCAAAGUCUACAGUAA